CCCUUAUUCAUUGGCCUAGAGGGCCCUCAAGGUUCGGGCAAAACGUAUGUUUCUACUAAAUUGGUGAAAGAGCUCUCAAUAAAGUUCCAAAAACUUAAUAUAAUACGAUGUUCAUUGGACGACUUCUACCUCACUUUUGAGGAACAGGAGAAUGUUAGCGAGUUGAGCAGAGGAAAUGUAUUACUACAAGGGCGUGGGCUACCAGGAACUCAUGAUCUCCGAUUGUUAUCUGAUUGUCUUGCACAGAUCGAGAAAGGCAGCGGUAAUGUUACAAUUCCAUUUUAUGACAAAUCAUUACACAAUGGUAAGGGGGAUCGUGCCCCUGAAAACGAAUGGACCCAUUUACAGGGCCGCAAAGUUGAUGUGGUCCUUUUUGAGGGCUGGUUUGUUGGAUAUCGCGCGUACAAAAAUGAGAUGAUAUUGAAACACAAAUGGGAGGAAAUCAGAAAGCAACACGAGCCAAAAUUCGAUUCUGUUAAAUAUGAACACAUCGCGAAGCUUGACCUAGAUUUGAGUCUUUACGAACAAAUCUGGGCAAAAUUCGACUGCUUUUUAUACAUUACAACUUCUAAUCUGGCCAAUGUGUACGUUUGGAGACUCGAACAGGAGCAAUCAUUGAUAAAGGCCAAGGGAACAGGUAUGACGGACGAAGAGGUGGAACAAUUCGUGGACAGAUACAUGCCGGCAUACUAUCUGUAUUAUGAA